AUGUCCCAAUUUGGAGUAUGGGAUUAUACCAUUUUGGCCAUUGUCCUUGCCGUAUCGGCUGGCAUUGGUAUCUAUUAUCGUUUCACUGGAGGCAAGCAGAAAACCACCCGAGAAUAUCUUUUGGCCGAUCGUUCCAUGUCUGUGACCCCAGUGGCCUUUAGUUUAAUGGCUAGUUUUAUGUCGGCCGUCACCUUGCUGGGUGUAUCCGCCGAGAAUUAUCAAUAUGGCACCCAAUUUGUCAUCAUCAAUUUUUCCUAUGUGAUUGCCACCCCGAUUGCUGCCUAUUUGAUCCUGCCCGUUUUCUAUCGCCUGAAAACGGCCAGUGUUUAUGAAUAUUUGGAAUUGAGAUUUGGUUAUGCCACCCGGCUGUGUGCCUCCUUGGCAUUCUCGCUGCAAAUGAUUCUCUAUAUGGGCAUUGUGUUGUAUGCCCCUGCCUUGGCCCUGGAAGCGGUGACCGGGCUGAAUUUAGUCUUCUCCGUUAUUAUUGUGGGUGUGGUGUGUACCUUCUAUGCGACAUUGGGUGGCAUGAAAGCUGUCCUGGUAACCGAUAUAUUCCAAUCGUUGCUAAUGUUUGCCUCCAUCUUCGCCAUCAUCAUAUGGGCUGCGAUAAAAGCGGAAGGAUUUGGCGAGAUAUGGGAAACAGCCCGUGAAGGUGGUCGCCUGGAGUUCUUCAAUUUCAGUGUGGAUCCGACGACAAGGCAUAGUUUUAUUACACAACUGUUUGGUGGCAUGGCAACCUAUUUGGCCAUUUAUGGUGUCAAUCAGACCCAGGUGCAGAGGCUGCUUUCGGUGAGCACCUUGAAGAAAUCCGCAACGGCUUUAUGGUGGAGUUUACCAAUUUUGAUGUUGCUCAGUAUCUCCACCUGUUUUAGCGGCUUGUGUAUCUAUUGGUACUACAAAUCCUGUGAUCCUUUGCUGGAGGGUAGAAUAACAUCCCGCGACCAAUUGAUGCCCCUCUUUGUGGUGGACACCAUGGGCCAGAUACCAGGAAUUUCCGGGCUCUUUGUAUCGGGUAUGUUUUCUGCCAGCUUGUCCACCAUAUCCUCGGCAAUAUCAUCUCUGGCUGCUGUCACCUUGGAGGAUUACAUCAAACCCCUGGUUAGCUAUCGCAAGGGAGGAGAGGAGCUAAGUGAUGCCCGAACCACUUUCUAUUCGAAGUUGUUGUCCAUAAUUUAUGGUGGUGUGUGUUUGGGUUUGGCCUUCUUGGCCGGGUCAAUGGGAGGUCUACUCCAGGCAGCCUUAUCCAUUUUUGGCAUAAUUGGUGGUCCUCUGCUGGGGCUCUUCACCUUGGGCAUGUAUUUCCCCAGAGCCAAUCAAAGGGGUGCUUUGGCGGGUUUGGCCCUCAGCUUGGCGUUUUCAUUUUGGAUUGGUUUCGGGCAACCAAGGCCACCGAUUAAAAGUCUACCUCUCGAAACUGAUGGCUGCCCCAAUAACGCCCUAUUUAAUACCACCCACAUUGGUGAGGUGUUUUACAAUCUCGGCAAAGCGGAGGAGGUGGCCCCCAAAGAAGACUCCGAUUACUUCUAUCUCUAUCGCAUCUCUUAUAUGUGGUAUGCCGUAUUGGGUUUCUUCAUUACCCUGAUCGUUGGUUGGAUCUGUUCAUGGCUAUUUGAAAAGCUGCAAUGGGCCAACAACAACCAAAUCUAUACGGACACAUCAAGGACCCUUGUAAAAUAUGAUCUCUUUGUGCCGCCCAUUGCCAAGAGGAUACGACAAAAACAAAUGCCCUUGGUUGUGGUCACAGCCAGUUCGGAAAUUGGUGGAAAUUCUUCGAGGACGCCAAGCUUUGUGGAAGAGGAUUCGACGACGGCGUCGACGGGUAAUAAUUUAACUAAAACUUAUACGAGAUCUACGGAAUUAAAUGAAAUUGAGGAGGAUAAUGGACCUACUCAUCGGCAGGAGGAGGGGAAGCAUGAAGAGUUGAAUGCAAGUCGAAAAAGUUCUACAAGCAGUGGUAAAGGCAGCAUGGAGGAGCAUGAUCAUACGCCGCCGCAGCAUCAACAACAAAAUAACUCCACACAAAAAUGUUCCGAAUGA